UUGGACGUUAACCGUGACGUUAACAUCGGCAGACUAUAUUUUAAAAUAUAAGGAAAUUCAUGAAUGAGUUGGACAGCUUUGGGUCAAAGCGUUGGCAAAGAAGAAGAAGAAGAAUAUGACUCAUCGCCACAGUCAGCACCAACGUGUGGAUGGAACAAAACAACGAUGAAGAAGUGACACGUGUGACCUGCUGGCGUGACCGUUACUAAAUCAAAGGAUCUACAUAUACGUCAUUAACAAGCGCAUGGCGAUGGCAGAUAAGGACUACUACAAGAUGCUGGGCGUCAGCAAGAACGCUACUGAGGAGGACAUCAAGAAGAUCUACCGUAGACUUGCACUGCGGUACCACCCGGACAAGAACCGAGCUCCUGGCGCGGCCGAGAGGUUCAAGGAGAUCAGCGAGGCCUACACGGUGCUAGGCGACAAGAAGACGCGCGAAGAGUACGACAGCAAAGUUGAAGACUGCCGGAAGGCCAGAAGCGCUGGUCAUCGUGGAUUCAACGGGCAAAAGGCUGAGCCUUACACAAACAAUUCGAGCGGCCGACCCAAACCCAGCUUCACGGAGUCAUUCCCCUUCGGCGAAGACCUGUUCCACACCUUCCAUUUCGACACUGCACCCAAGGACCGUGACAUCCGCCACGACCUUGCCUUGACCUUGGAGGAGGUUCUUAGAGGAUGCGUCAAGAAGAUGAAGGUCACCCGGACCGUGAGCGCCCCCGACGGCCGCUUGCAGUAUCGCGAGCAGAAGGUCCUCAUCAUCAACGUGAAACCUGGCUGGAAGGCGGGGACGAAAAUCAGGUUCGAACGCGAAGGAGACCGAUUUCCGGGGCGCGUCCCAGCCGACAUCGUGUUUGUCGUUCGCGACAAGCCGCACAAGCUGUUCAAGAGGAACGGGGUGGACGUGAACUACGUAGCCAAGAUCACCCUAACGGAUUCUCUCCGCGGUGUAGAAAUGAGCGUGCCGACGCUUACCGGAGGCAUGGUACCGCUGAGCUUGAAGGGCCCCAUCUAUCCUUCGGCCAUGAAACGCAUCCGCAACGAAGGGCUUCCGCAUCCGAAGGACCCGACGAAACGUGGGGAUCUUCUAGUCAGCUUCGAGAUCAUUUACCCUGAUCCAGCAAAGUAGUGGUUGCCGCCGCACUUAUUCGCCACCAUGAAAUGGCAAACGUGAUCUCCUUGGGUGCUACGCCUUUUCACCUGGAACACAACGGUCCCGGGAAACAACUGCACGUGGACAAAACUGCAAGGGUCUUAUAAUGUGCAAUUACAGUGCCUGCCGCUUAACUCACACGAUCACUUGUACUAUCUUUGUGUGGCGUUUGUUUGUUUACUACACAAAAAUUUUCAAGGUGGCUUGUGGCUGUUGCACAAUGUUUUUAUAGCUGUUCGACUUCAACCCAUGGGUGCGAUGUAGUCUCAAAUUACUGUGGUAGUCAGCAGAGGGUAUCCCAUGAAAAAUAACGAUUUAUUUGGGAAAUAAAUUGUAUUUGCCUAGAUUCAGCAAU